UAUAGAGAAUGUGUGUGUGAGAGAGAGAGAGAGAAAGCACGAGUUGUUCAGAUUUUCUCGAAAAUAAAAAAAUGUGCUUUACGAAUGUGGAAGCUCAAAGAUCGUAAUCGGAACUAUUGUUCACGCGUGAUUAUAUUUUUAUCGAAAAUACUGUAGAGUACGUAAGAAAAUCAGGAAAAAUCAAGCGCGUAAUUUUUUGAUUGUGGUAUACCUUGAGAAAAGCAGUGUGUUUUUCUCGUUUAUAAAAUAAAGACGAGAAGAAGUCCGCUACAGAUGUUGCGCGCCGAAUCGAGCAUACCUCAAGAUUCUUGACCGCGAUCCUAUCUCCUGCACGCACACUCGGAAAGGCUCGCACACGCAUACAAACGUUACGACGAGGGCGUGCAGAGCUAAAAAAAUAUUUCUCCCUCUCUCUCUCUCUCUCUCUCUCUCUCUCUCUCUCUCUCUCUCUCAAGAGAGAAAGAGAAAGAGAAGGCGCUGGUUACUCGGAGAAAACAUGAGAAACGCGAGACACGUCGCAUUCCAGAGAGAGGAAUCAUUUCAAUAAUUUUUUUCGUCUCUUUCUUCAACAGUGAUAUAAAGAAUCGCUGAGUAAACGCGCUCGAGGAAUACGAGAUUCGGGUAUACGCAUAGGCGGAAAUGCGUAUACGGUUUAGCAAUGAAUAGAGGAGUGUGGUGAUUGAGAAAAAAAUAAAACAACGGAGGUGUGGGUGCCCGGAGGAUUAAUCGAGAACGAGUGCAUCGAAAAAUGAGUGUCGUUCGUGAAUAUAUGCUGGUUUCAAUGUUUUAUUUGAAUUUACAAUUCGAAUGUUCAAUCGGAUAAAUAAGAUCGAUAUUUAGCGAAUAUUGAUGAGUGUCAACUGGGAGAUAAUCUAGGAGUUUCGACGAUAUACAAAGUGUUUUGCCGCGCUUGUUCCUUGAAUCUUCGUCGUCGUGUAUACUCAGCGCGCGUGUUUUUACGUUCCUUCUCUCUCCCUCUCUUUCUCUGUCUACGUCCCCGGCAAUGGUUAACGGUGGAAUUCCACUCUAGAGGAAUCCGAAGGCGGGGACACUGACGUCACUCCGCUCAUGAUAAUGAGAGUGCAGUGAAAUAUGCCAAGGAGACGGAAUGGGGAGAUACCGCUUCCGGAAGGGUGGGACGUCGCCCAGGACUUUGACGGGAAGGUUUACUUCAUCGAUCACAAUACCAGAAAAACAACGUGGAUCGAUCCGCGUGACCGAUUCACAAAACCUCAGACCUUCGCCGAUUGCAUCGGUAACGAACUUCCUCUCGGCUGGGAAGAGGCCUACGAUAAACACGUCGGGGCUUACUACAUCAAUCAUGUCAAUCAAACCACGCAGCUGGAGGAUCCUCGACAGGAAUGGCGUGCCAUACAGGAGGCCAUGCUCCGUGAAUAUCUGCAAACCGCACAGGACGUACUCGAGGCGAAAAAGGAAAUCUACGACGUGAAACAACAAAGACUGUGUCUCGCUCAAGACGAGUAUGACCACCUUAAUAACGCUCUGACGACCCUUGGGGCUUCCCGCACCAGUCUAUGUUCGAGUUCGAGUUCCCUCAGCACAAAGUACGAUCCGGAUCUUCUUAAAUCUGACGUUGCGUUGGCGAGAAGUCGCGUUUCAAGGCUGAAACGAGAACUGGAGCAGAUACGAGCAGAGAUGAAUUGCACGCAGCGCGGUGUCGACACUCUGGCAAGCGUUGAACAAAAGCUGAGCGCGCAUCACGGUGGUUGUUACAACAUAACGGAGGCACAGGCAAUAAUGACGGAGCUUCGAAAUAUUCAAAAGUCAUUGAGUUCGGGCGAGAAGGAAAAAGCGGAAUUGAUGCAAUCGCUGGCGCAACUUAAGGACGAACUUACGAGGCUGCAGCUUUGCGAGGGUAGUCCGGACGCUAGUACGCUGAGUUUGCCGCAAGAGAAAUUAAGUACGGCAUCCCAGACGGAUUUAUCGGGAGAACUGGUGCCGAUAGGUACUAGAUUAGCGGAGAUGGCGCGUAUGAGAUUGCAAUACGACGAAGCGCGAAAGAGGAUACAGAGCAUACAACAACAAUUGGCGGAUUUGGAAGAGAAAGUAACGCCUGGACAAACGGAGAGCGACAAGGACAAGCUCUUGUUGUUUCAAGAGAAGGAACAAUUGUUACGGGAGCUUCGUAGCAUAACGCCUCAUCGAAGAACGCAACAAGAUAUGAAAAAGAUUCAGUGCGAGAUUCGUCGUUUGGAGCAAGAUCUCAACAACGCUCUGGAGCUCUCGAACAAAACAAUAACCGAUCGCGUGAGACUCCACGAGGAAAAACAAUUGUUGCUGCAACAAUUGAGAGACGCGCUAAGAUCAAUGGCGAUGCUGGAAGGCCAAUUGAAGACCCUGAGCGCGAGUACGCUUUCCGUGAGCAGCAGUUCGAGCCUGGGUAGUUUGAGCACGACCAGUAGCAAAGGAAGUCUCAGUUCGGGUCUUAGUUUCACCGACAUCUACGGAGGACCCCAGUGCCUCGGACCGGUUCAACAGGAACGUCCCGUUGAUAUGGUAGAUCUUCACAGGCGAGUCGAGCGUUUGUUGCGCGGUUCCGAAUCGAAUCUUGGCACUCUUGGCACUCCUUCCCCGGGACGAUCCCAACCGAGCCUCUCACCGAGAUCGAGUUUGUCCAGCGUCAGUCCUCCCAUAUCGCCCUUGUAUGAAAACGCACCGAUGGGACCGCCGCCCGCAUACGAACAGAUUGAGAUGCAGAGGAAACAACAACAGCAGCAGCAGCAGCAGCAGCAACAACAACAACAACAACAACAACAACAACAACAACAACAGCAGCAGCAACAACAACAACAACAACAACGUUUGCUUCCCAAUUGUUCCGUUUCUCAGCAGCUCGAUCGUUGUCAGCUCGAGGAUAAACUCGCUGAAUUGCGACUGAGUCAACAAGCGAUUCAGGAACAAUUGACGGCUGCCGCGGCCGCCACCACCGAACAGUUGAAACCCAAUCCUCAACCACCCUUGGAAAUGCAAUCCGUCAAUAUGUCUCAAGGCAGCGGCCUCGGAAGGCCUGCCGCCGCCUUAGCCCUACCUCUUUCCUCUCUCCAUCAAGAAGCACCUCUCUCGCCGAUCAGCGAAACUCCACCUCCAAUGGGCAUCAGGUCAAGGGCAAGCAGUUCCGGUACCAAUACACGUUCCGUUUCCGCCGCUGUUUCCGACGAGAGCGUCGCCGGUGAUUCCGGAGUAUUCGAGGCUUCCAACAGAAGGCGUUUUUCCGCCGGUCUACACUCCUCCGUUGAUACACUUGCCUUUGGCGAAAUGAAUCUGGAAACUGCUCAGGUUCAAAUUAAAUUGAGGUAUUCCGUGGGUGACGGACUUCUCCAUAUUGGCAUCGAAAAAGCGAGAAACCUCGCUGCACUUUUUAUACCCGACAACAUGAGAGUAUACAUCAAAGCCGCUCUCUUACCGAUGCAACCGUCUCUCAAUCACAUGUGUUGUACGAAGCCCGUAACCGAUCUUCGAAAACCAACUUUUGGCGAGAGUUUUCCUAUCGCUGUGCCCCUCAACAAACUUUAUACAAAGACCCUCCAAGUUAACGUCUGGUGCACCGGCGGCGAGUCUGAGGAGUGCUUGGGUUCGGCCCAAGUCUCCCUGGCAGACUUCAGUCCCGAAUCACCGAGCGUUAAGUGGUACAAUAUACUCUCGUUUCGAUUCAUGCAACCAUCGACCUCGGAAAGCGCGAGCGCCGGUGGCAGCACGGUUUCUUUAUUCAAACAGUCGCGUCACGACAAGCAAGAAUCCGAUAUUUCCGUUUAUCGAGCGGGAACUCAAACGCAAAAUACAAAAGAGGAAAGCAGCGAUGAGAGCACAAUAAUAAGCUCUCAAACAUCGACGUUGACGAGAAAUCAAGGAUGCGACGAGUUGCAAACUGCGGCUUCGCUAAGACUCGAAGAACUUCCCAAUUGUCUCGGUAGUCCCGAUGAAGAGGACGAGGAACGGGACAGCGAUAGCGGUAGCGAAGACAGCGACGAGGAAGGCAUCAUCGUAGAAUUUAUGAUGGAAGACAACGUUCUCGAGGACGUUCUUGAGCACGAGGAGGAGGAGGAGGAGGAAGAGGAAGAGGAAGAGGAAGAGGAAGAGGAAGAGGAAGAGGACGAGGACGAAGAGGAAGAAGAACUUGUUGAAGAUGAGUCGAAUCAUACUCAGGAUAAAGAAACGAAUACGGAAUGUAUAUUCAUUCCAGAACAGGGAAAACAGAGAAAACUCUCAGCCGCGGGUGUUGUUCCUGGUGCCGUGCACGAUGACAAAAAUACUAUAGUAAUCAAGCGAAGUCAGACAUUUUCACCAAGCGCUGCCGUCAGUCGAAAUCAUUAUAUUUGUCGGUUGAACCGAAGCGACAGUGACAGCAGCAUGCCUCUUUAUCGUCGAGGCGGUCCUUUCCAGAGAAAUUCAGUAGAGAGGCGAUCGCUACGUUGGCGGCGACCAUCCUCGGCGUUGAGUUGCAAAACGACAUCGAAAAAAUCAAAUCAUUUACCACAAACAGCGAGAACAUCGCUCGAUCUUGAACUCGAUCUUCAAGCUCAACACGCGAGACUAAACAAUCUUCAUGACGAACUCAACAGCCUUCGAGAUCUUAAGCAAACUCUUGAGGAAGCUCGUGAAAAAGGUGACUCUGAUCUGGCAACUUGGCUGUUGGAGGAUCAUAAAUUUCAAACUCUCAUGGCACAGGCCGAGAAUGGAAAGAAUGGGAAGAGCGCCGAGGACAAAAAAGUAGAAAAGAUGCUCAAGAAAACCUCCAAGGAAAUAUACAAGCUCAGAAAAACUAAGGCUGGCAAGGGAAAACCUGACAUUAUCUCGUUCAAAGAGAAAAUGGCAUUCUUUACCAGAGUGAAUCUUAACGUUCCUGUUUUACCAACGGACGACUUGAGUACGAGCGAGAUUUCGGUGCAACACAGGCGUCAUGUUUCUGAACCCGUCGGUGGUCAAGUUUCGACAUUGGCCCGCUCUAACGUUCACGGUGUCCGUGAAGUUUCAACGACUAGUUGUUCGACGCGAAUGAUGAACGUUACGGCCUUAAAAUCGAGUCUCGUCGAUCGACCCGUCUCAAGAAAUGGUUCUGAUUCGCCGGUGUGUACUAUAGAAACGGGCACAACUGUGAAUCACAAUAUUAGCAAUGACAAAGCAACUGACGAGGAAGAACCUAAAAGAUACGAGUACGUCGUCGACCGAGUUCUCGGCGUUGAAGUUUGACAUAAUUUCAUAUUUUUCUAAACUGACAGAAUUCACGUUCGAUUUGGGUUUUCGAUGGCAACGAAGUUGGAAAUUAUUCGUCUUAUCGAAGAUUGCAUGAAAAACAAAACAAUAUUCUGUCGUUUUUAUUUAUAGUUCAAUAGCCAAAGUUUUUAUUAAUACUUGUGUAUUCUAAUUUCGAAGAAUGAGCUUAGCAAAUUUACUCGAAUAUCGUAGGCUGCAAUUUUGGAGCGAAAUAUUUGACCAAAAACAAGCAAAAAAAACAACGAUGCAAAUUUCAAAAUCGUAGCAAUUUUUGAGUUGUCGAAAUUAUUUCCAACAACCACGAUUCGAAGUUCAUUCGUUCGAAUUUCACCAAGUUGAACGGAAACAGACUCAAUAUCACACAAACGACCUAUUCAAUCUCGUUUUAUCAAAUCAAAACGACUGAUUGGAAGUGCACGGUCGAAAAGUGCGUAUUAAUGAAAAAAUAUUGUACAUACGAAUGCAUAAAUUAUUUAAUUCCGAGUGUCCGUUUAUUAGCUAUUUAAUUGUGAAAGAAUAUUAAAAUAGUUGGCGAAUAUCUUUUCGGUCCAGUCUGGAAAAUGUUCCGGACGACAGCAAAAAGACAGAAGGAUAUAAAAUAACGAAAACCAAGGAAAAUGAAAAUGUCAUUAUUUCGUUGAAUAACCGGGGCGCACGACCCACCGAGCAGCUGGUCUGCGUUUUGACAACUUUUAAAGGUUUAUCAACAUACAAUAAUAAUAACAAUAAUAACAACAAUAAUAAUAAUAAUAGUAGUAGUAAUAAUGAUACUGAGAAGAAAUGAAAACUUUCGCGCCCCUGGUGAGCUGCUCGCAAUGCGGAAAAAAAGCCACGAGCCAAUUCUUGAGCCAGUUCUUGUCUCUCAGUUAAUAUCACCACGUAAACUGAAUUUGCGGUAUUGUUUUAACGUAAAUCUCGAGCGUCUGAUGGUUCUGCGAAAUAUACGUUACUUGUCGCGUAGUAUGUGCUUCGAAAAAAAAAAACCGAAACGAUUCAAAUACUAUUUUCACGAUGGAGAACAAGAUCUUGCAAUAGAGCCAUUUCAUUAUCCAGAAUCAUUAAAAAUAUUUUUUACUCUAUUUAUGAAUUUAAAAUUUGUUCUAAAAAAAGUAUCUUUUGAAAAUUCUGUAGUUCUUCGUUCGCGAUCGAGUACCACAGACCAAUUGUCGAGAUCGUUGGUAAUUUUUAGUGCCUUAUUGAAAAGGCUUGGGCAAAUUCCGUAUACGUUUAGAAAAAUGAAAUUACGAUAUUUCAUAAACUGGAUUUGACGAAAAUUUGGUUGGUAUCCAAAUUGCAUCGCAAAUUUAUUCGCUAAUCAUUAUCUAUGAUGAGCACAGAAACAAAAGAAACUCAAAAUCCUAGAUUUAUUCGUCCACGUGUGGGGAAAAAAGUGCACAGUGUUCGAGAAAAGUCCGAAAUUUCCCAGCUAAUCGUUUUCUCAAAGCGUACUACAGUCUAAAAAAGUUGAAACAAUACUCAAAUGCUUGAUCGUUGUGGUUUUUUGUACGACGAUAGUGUCGUCGAUUUCGAUACAGACACGAAUUGUUGAUAAAAUAAUUGAUCGUACCGGGCGUAAAUGGUGAAUAAUACAAAUGAAAAAGGGAGGGGGGGGGGGGGGGAAUGUCGAACGAAAGAAAAAUUGGAGAGAAGAUUCUUCGAGAAAAAAUUCGAAAAAUGUGUACAUAUGAUGAUUGUACAUACUAUUUUCUGACGAUAACGUUACGCGUCUAUAAUGUUAAUUUUUAUGAUAAUUUGAAGUUGAUUAUAAAGUGUAUGUGAACUCAGAUAUUUUUUUAUCUGAAGCCCAAUAAACCGAGAGAUUCGCAUUAUGAAUAAGCACAUUUGAACGAAUGUUUGAUGUUUGAUUUUGACGAUUCGUUGGCGGUCUACAUCAUUAUUUCCUUUCUAGCUCUUGAAUGAGACGAUCGAUGUAAGCAUAUAAUAUGAUAUUUUACUAUCGAAGGAAUUCAUGUGCCUUGAUGCAUCCUCCGUGCCUAAUAUGUCCUGUUCAUAAUUACUGUUUAUCCGAAAUACCGAACGAUACCCAUGUAUUAUUAUUGUUAUAACAUUAUUGUAUUAUCCACUGUUCGGCGUAGCCCCGCGCGCACGUGCAUUUUACUGUAACGAAGUUAUAUUUUUUAAAAAAUAUCUCAUUUUUCUAUUCAUUGAGGUUUAAAUAAAAAAUCCAUCGACCGUUUUAAAAUUUCAAAAUGUAUAGUGUUGCCCGGCAAAGUUGCACGCUCGAGAAUAAAGUAUAGCUAUAUUUGCGCGCUAUAUACGAAUCCCAACGCUACAUACUACUAUCAAAUAGUACGUAUUGGUGAUGUGGACCGCGAUAUCGGGGCAAACAGCAGCAGCGAUUCUCGGAAGCGUGCAGCCUAGAAAACGGGAUAGAAAAUUGGUCCGUAUAAUGAAAACUUCGACUCUGGACACUAAAGUCCAUAAACAGGCUGAAAAAGGUGUGUUGUACCGUUCGGUUUUCCUACAUUUUCGAAUAACACGAUUUCAACGUUUUCUCACUAUAUACAUAUAUUUUUUUCGCUCUCCUCUUGGCAACUGGAUCGGUAUUAUUGCCUUGCUGAUAAAAUGCAAACAAAGACACACCAGACAGAGACAUUCUUUUGUAAGUGACGGUUCGUUUAUUAUGAUUAAAGAACAAAAAAUACUUAACAGCGGAAA